CAAUAGCGUAAAACAUGUUAAAUGUACAGAAUUUUUUAAAUGGGCAAUAUUUUACCAGCAUUUCAAAUUUACCCAUUAUGAAUACUGAGAAACUGCAGCCAAUAAGGUUCAGAGGGGUUAUCAUGGUUGACCUUUAAUGAAAGAUUACGUGCGGUGCUCGUACUUAAUUUGUUAAACAGUCAAUUCUGUCUUGUUUGUGUACACACCGUGAGCAAUUCUGGUCCAGAUCACUUCAGAUUCUGCUGGUAUUCUUGAAUUUGAGACUCAUCGAAGCCGUGGUAUCGGGUAAUGGGAGACAGGGAUUGGAGGCCUUUCAUCUAUGGAGGACUUGCGUCAUGUACAGCUGAGUGCGGAACGUUUCCUAUUGACACGACCAAAACACGUCUUCAAAUCCAGGGCCAGAAGAUAGACGGACAGCACGUGCGUCUGAAGUAUCGUGGUAUGACCGACGCUUUCCUGCAGAUCGCACGUCAGGAAGGCUUCAGAGCGCUCUACUCUGGGAUUUAUCCGGCAGUGAUACGGCAGGCGACGUAUGGCACAAUCAAGUUUGGCACGUACUACUCGUUGAAAGCCUGGCUCACAGGAGAUCGCACAGAAGAUGACGUGGUUGUGAACGUGAGUUGCGCGGUUGUGGCGGGCAUUGUGUCCAGCGCCAUUGCCAACCCGACAGAUGUACUGAAGGUGCGCAUGCAGGUGUUGGGCAUGCAGGCGCAGAGUCUGGUGUGCGCAGCGCAAGACUUGUACAGGCACGAAGGCGUCAGUGGACUAUGGAGGGGCGUAGGACCCACUGCGCAGCGCGCAGCUGUCAUUGCAGCCGUGGAGCUCCCUGUGUACGACUUCAGCAAGCACUACUUCAUACCUUACCUGGGGGACAGUGUGUCCAACCACUUCCUAUCGAGUUUUCUUGCCAGUUUAGGGAGUGCUGUAGCAUCCACUCCUAUCGAUGUUAUUAGAACGAGACUGAUGAACCAGAGAAAGCUGAAAACCAUUCAAACGGACAAAAUCUACAAUGGAAGUAUGGACUGUUUCGUUCAGACAGUCCGACACGAAGGUUUCAAAGCUUUAUACAAGGGUUUUAUCCCAACGUGGGUGCGGAUGGGGCCUUGGAACAUCAUCUUCUUCAUCACAUACGAACAGCUCAAGAGGUUCUACUGAAGAGGUGUUCAACUCGGCGAACUGCGAUCCGGUCUUCUAGUUCACCAAAGUACUUAAAACUUUAGUUCAAACCAAAGCCUUUCAAAUAGGAACACGUUUAAAUGUUAAGAGCUGUAUGAAUGGUACGUAAAGAGAGUGUGUUAUUUAUUGAGUGUUUAUUCUUUGAAAGGACGUGUGUGUUUGUUAGGGGGGCAUAUUUAAUGAUGCAUCAAAUGCUGCCUCUUAACUGAGAGUGGUCAGUUUAAAUUUCACACAGCUUGCAAAAUAAAUAUCGUGAUCGUAUUUGCGUUGUAUUUGUUAACACGUGAGCAAGAGUUACUAAACGUUUGCUAUAGUAAAGAUUUUUUAAUGUUAUUUAUGAUGCUAAUAGGUUUAUGCUUAAAGGUUGUAAAGCAGUGGUCUCUCUUGUAGAUUUGUAUUUCACCUAGAUAGCCAAUCCGAUAUUACAUUAAGCAACAUAUGGUGGGCAACAUGUUGUGCAGUUUAUGUAGUAACUUCGCUCUACUCGGAAACUAUUCCAGGCAACAUAAUAUGGACUAUCAGCUUAUGCUAGGCACUCGACAACUUCCAGACGAGUCAGAAGCUACUCCUGUUGAACAUAGAGUAGUAUAUGUGUGGUACGCAACUCUUAAAUUUUGUAUUUAAUACGCAAGAUCAUCACAGUUUUAUUUGCUAACACCGAUUUUUGUCUUUUUGCACGAUCAUUUGUGUCUAAGUUUGAUAGAAAUCAAUUGACAGAAAAUAUUUGGAUGGUAAACCAAAUAAAAAGGAUGAAGUAAUGAGCAAAUUAACCAAGUUAGCUGACAACAAUAUGAAUUCGGAAUAUCUGAUUUGUAAAGUAAAUACGUCUACUGUGGAACUGCAAGUAAAUAAUAAGCGGACAAAACCGUUAAACUAUGCAAGGCAUAUUAUUGUACACGUUUUUUUGUUCAAGAAAAGAAAAAGACCUAGGCUACUAGGUAAUUAGCUUACUUUUGAACUUUGAAAAUAAACUGGAAGAAAAGCUGUGAGUCUAUAAUAUUCUAUAGUUAUCCGCAUAUUUGAAACUCCUGUACGAGUUGCUUGAAGUGUACUCAACAAGUUGCCUUCUACUGGUUGCUCAGUGUAAUUAAGAUUUAUUUCUCUUUGAAUAUAUAUAUUUUCUAAAUUAAGUUGUUGAAAAAAUAUAAAUUUUUAUUCGGUCUUUAUAAGUCCUAAAAUAACUUGUGAUUUUUCAAAAUGUUCUAAAAAAAUUGCAAGUAAUCAAUUCGGAGUAGGAUAAACACAACAUUAUCAGUUUAUUUAUGAUCUCCAUCUGCCAUAUUUUUAUGACAAAAAUUGAACAUUAAAUUUAUUUUACAAUAUUUUUACUAAUUUCCUACAAUUUCUUGGUAACUACACUAUAUGAAUGCAUUAGUAUUUUGCUUGAACUGAAAGUAUUUCGGAGCAUUUAAUACUAAAUUUCUGCUUUUACGGGUUGAAAAAUGAAACAGAUUUAGUGCCAACUAAAUUUCCUAUUUUCAUGCAUUUUGACUAAGCGUUUACCUUCUCUGUAUUUUAUUUUACAAAUAGCAUUUUUAUUGUUUUUAUCAAACCCAUUUUUGUAUUGUUGUAGACAGUUUUUCACAAAUAUAACUGUUACAUCACUCUCUACUACUUAGUAAAUUUAUAGUAUAUUUAUAACCUAUAAAUAUUCCUUUCAAUUUUAUCUGUCUACAGUUGCGUUUUGUAGAGUACUUUAAUCUUAUAUUUAAUUCAAGUGCUGUAGUGUAGAUGUUAUUGAAAUUUAAUUUAGAUAAAUUGGUUGUGUUAAAAAGGUAGUGUAUAAACAUGAUAUAACCGCAUUAUUAUUAUUGAAGUGUCAAAUAUUAAUGAUAAUAGAUUCUUAGCAAUAUCUGUUUAAUAGUUUGAUUUUUAUAUUAUUUAUUUUUUUAUAUUUAUAUUUAUUCAUACCAGUGGCAUUUUCAAGUAAUUAUUGUAAAAAACAGUUCAACAAGUUCAUAAAAUUAUAUACUGUAUUGGAAUGACGGUAAUAUUCCAAAUAAUCGGCCAUCAAUCAACUAGAGUAUAAGAUUGUGCAACAAGGAAAGGAGGUGCUAGUUUUUGGCCUUGAAAGAUAAGUUUGGCUCUCGAGGCAAAGCUGAGGAUAAAAAUCUUUGUACUUUUAGUUCGCAACAUUUUAAACAGAACAUAUGUUUCACAUGAAUAACUUUUGUGUCCAUCCUUAAAUCUUAUUACUUGUUAGUUUAAUGAAAAAAAUAGCUGAAAGUAGAUUGUCAACUAAAACAAAUGGAUUUUGUCAACAAUUAUGGGCGAAAAAUAAAAAAAUAAUCCCUGCUCCCUUUUUAAAAUUCAAAAGUAUAGGGUGUUGGAGAGAGAUAAAACAUUUCCUUUAUAUGAGCAGAGGGAAAAAUAUUACUUAUCCCUCACCAGAAGGAAUGAAAACCUAUUUUAACUAUUCAGUGGAAUUAACCAUAAGUAUGUUAAUUUUGUAAUGAUGUACUGCUUGAUACACUGUACUGUAUGUACUUUACGUUGUGUACUUCAUCUACUGCAGUGUACUCAACGUAGUAGAGAUUUAACUCUAAACCAAGUGACAGUUAAAUAACCUCUAUUGGCUGGCAAUAUUUAAUCAUCUUAAUAAUUAUACAUAGUCACGUUUUGUUAUUUUAAUGAAAAUGUCUACAAAGUUGCUCUAAAUUUCAUUAGAAAGGUCCUAAAAUUCCCUAAAAGUUUUAGGAAAUAAUUUUUUUGAUUUAUGUUAUAAAUAUUUAUUUAUGUAUGUGUUAAUAAAACUCAAAGGGGAAAAUUUUCAUUAUUCUGACAAGUAAUUUACUGUGCUUGCAACAGUAUCGUAAUCAAACACACUAUUGGCCGGGCAACAAAACAUCAAUGAUGAGGCUAAAAUGUGCUCUAAAUCAUUCUUUUUUGCCUAAUCUUAUUUUCUAAUUAAGAUUGAAUAUUGAGAAAAUAUUAAACUUAAUAUAUUAAUCAAUAGGUUGUAUCAUCCACUACCUAUGACGAAAAUUACAAAUAUAUUUUUAACCCCUUAAGACGAGUGCUGAAGGCCGAAUAGAUAGGCUUUUCGAAUAUCUAUUAUUCUGUUACUAAAUGUUAACAUAUAUCAUUGUACUUAGUCUCAUUUUGUAUAUCAUAAAUCUAAUAAACAUAGAUUAUCUAUCUUGAUUUGAUUUGUUACAGUUUGCCUAAAUAUGAGAGACAACUUUCAUGCGAAUGCAGAUUUUCAAUAUUUUGCACUUAUAUAUAAGAAGAGUCAUACUCAUUACUACAGAUACUUACUUUUUUAAAACUUGGUAAGGUAUACUUGUUCCUACUUACAUAGGGAAUAAUAAAAAUUUGCAUCCAAAUGUAUUAAGAUAAAAAAUAUAACUUUUCCUUAUCAACGAGUAAAUAAAUUUUAAAAAAUUAAAAUUUUGUUGUAUUAUUUUUAAAUGCAAAAAGUCAACAGAUUUUGUCAUCUAAAAAAGUCCACACCAUCUAGCGGCAAAACGGUGAACUACUUACUGUUAAUUAGUUCUCUGUUUUCCCACUAGUUGAAUCGCCACCCGUUACAGAAAAAAAUAAAACGGAUCAUUGUUACAUGACCGAUUAAUUCGUCAGCGGCUCUUUUUUAGUCAUAAAUGAGCGAUGAAUUAACUCGGCAAAAGCCGUUAAGGGGUUAAUAUAUGAAGUUGCUAUUUGAUGCCUGUGUUUGACUGCCACACCCGUGACAUGUCACCCGUCAUGGACAAGAUAAUCACAAAUUAUUGUAGGGUUAAAGCUAAGAAUCACUCAGUAGUAAACUCAAAUUAGUGUAGAUUACGAUUUAUUUAUCACUACCUGCAACGAUACACAAUUAUCAAAUUUCCCUGUACAUAAUGUAAAAUAUGUAGAAAACUAGAGAUAUUAGAAUUUUUUUCAAUAUAGGUUCUAUUUCACGAUUUUCCUUACAACAAUGAGAUUAUCAGUGAGUAAUGCGGUGUUAGGUCAUCAUAGUGAUUUAUAUUGGCCUAAUUCUUAUUUUAAAUUCAUACCGAUUUUCCAAGUAAUAUUAACUGCAAAUAAAAUAUUAAACCCAUUAACUAAAAUCUAGAGCUAUUUUAUCUUUUAUUACAACGUAAAGCAUUUCUUCAUAACAUUAUGAUUAGCGUAAGAAAACUAGCUACUUAAGUAAGUAUCUAAAUAUGAUGUAAAAGUGCAUUAACAUUUUGUUCCUCGAAGUUAGCUUUAAGACAAUUUUAUUUGUAUUUUAUCAAUAAAAUUUAAAUAUUAAAUUCUUGUAUAUUUAAUUCUUGAAUAUUAAAUUCCCAUUUUUGUAUUUAAAAUUUGUAAACCUUGAAGAGAUUAAUCGAUUUUGUCAAAAAGUGAAAAUUGAACAUUUUCAUCUUGUAUUAUAGAAAUAAAUUAUGUAGUUUAGAGGAAAAACAGAAAACUGUUAAAAUUAUGCUGUGUUAUUGUAUAACAAUCAUUACCAUUUUUGAAAUAACAUUUUUUUGUUAAUACUAUAUAAAUAUGAACUACUUAACAAUUCUGAAACUGAGUGCAAAAUUAGAAAAAACUUUGUUUUUUUCUAGUUUUUAGUUUCAAAUUUUACCAUAGCACAGGUAUGGUAAGUGUUCCAGUCUUAGAUGUAUAAAGCUAUUUCCAGACGUGUAAACUACAAAUAUUUGUUACAUAUUUGAAUGGUUUUACUUUUUAAAAAUUGUUAUAAACAUCCACUGGUUAAUUGUAUGCAAAUUUAUCAUUCAUCGCAAAACCAUUCUCAAAAAUAGAAAGUCCAAUUAAAUUUUUGCACUGGUUACUGUUAAAAUGGUUCAAAAGUGAACCUUCUGUUGAAGACACUUGGUCGUGUAAUGUAGUGUUUGUUACGGUAAGAUUGUUGCUAUUUAUUUUUAUAGGUAAAGGGGACAGUUAUGAACUGUGAGCGUAUAAGCCAAAAGGCAACUGUUAAGUUUUUAUCACAUGUGUUACCUGUUUCUUGUGAUGUCAACCGUGUCGUGAUCUGGGGGAAGAGCACAAUUGUAUAUUUUUAUAAAUUUUCUAACAGUUUCUCUGUUAACGUAUAUAACAAUUGAAUACCUUUGUUUGUACAGUUUUGUGGAACUCGUUCCUUUAAUUAAAACUAAUUACAUAAUCAAUUUCUAAUGCUAGUCCUGUUUGUUGUAUCAAUUUGGUGAAUGCUAUUAGUAUUUAUGAAGCACCUCAAUGUAGCAUCUAUAUACAUAUAUAUAUAUAUAUAUAUAUACAUUUAAUGGCAUUACGGUUUUAAAUUACACUUAGUGUAUUUUUACGUUUAAGCUUGCCAUGUAUGAUUUUCUGUUCUCUUUACUUCCAAUAUUUUCUUGCAUUUUUAUUUUUAAAUGUGGAAGUAGUAUAAUUGCCUAUAUUAUUAAUGGUUUUAAGAACAUCAAAGUAAUACGUUUUUUAUGAUUAGUUUUAUUGUUUUCUUUUAUAUCUGCACGAACUUGAGACUGAACUCAAUUACCUGAUGUUGAUGAAAUUUAAAUAAAAAUGUAGUUUAUCGA